AUGUCAAUUCUUGGAAAAUUCGCUGUGAUAAUGGCUGAUCCACCAUGGGAUAUACACAUGGAACUGCCAUAUGGAACAAUGUCAGAUGAUGAAAUGAGACGUUUAGAUAUACCUUGUUUACAAGAUGAUGGUUAUAUAUUCUUAUGGGUAACUGGAAGGGCUAUGGAACUUGGUCGAGAAUGCCUACGCUUAUGGGGUUACGAACGUGUCGAUGAGAUCAUAUGGGUUAAAACUAAUCAGUUGCAACGUUUAAUUCGCACCGGACGUACAGGACAUUGGUUAAAUCAUGGCAAAGAACAUUGUUUGGUUGGUGUAAAAGGCAACCCGAAAGAUGCAUCUGCUAAAGAUAUCCGAAAUGCCUAUAGAAAACUAUCCUUAUUAAACCAUCCUGAUAAAGGUGGUGACACCAGACGUUUCAUACAAAUCACAAAAGCAUAUAAUGCCCUUACCAAUGAAGAAUCAAGGAAAAAUUGGGAAGAAUAUGGUAAUCCCGACGGUCCUGGUGCUGCCCAUUUUGGCAUUGCGCUACCUAAGUGGAUGAUUCAAAAGGAGAAUUUUUUUCUGGUUAUUGGAGCGUAUAUGUUAUUGUUCAUAAUAAUAUUACCGAUUUCUGUGGGUGCUUGGUGGUAUAAUACAAUGAAAUUUAGUAAUAACAAUGUAAUGUUGGACACAAUAAGAUAUUUUUGUGGUACAUUUAUGCGUUCACCUUACAUGGCAAUGCCACGCAUUGUUAAAGUAUUAUCCAACGCAUUUGAAUUCAAUCCAAAUUAUAAUAAGGAAAUAAUUUGUCGACCAAGUGAUAAUAUUGAAUUACCUCCGUUAAUUAUGCAAAUACCAUUCUUCACAAUUUUUAAGAAAGCCAUAGUUGGAUCACCGUAUUCUGUGAAAGCUAGAGCGUUAAUUUAUGCACAUUUGGAACGUUUAGAGCUUCCACCUAACACUUUAUAUGUUGACAAACAGUAUAUUAUUAAACAUUCACCUCGGUUAAUUGAUGAAAUGAUCAAUAGUUUGCUAUACGUUUUAGCAGUGGCGAUGGAUGAAGCUAAUUCAAAACAUAAGACACCACAACAUUUAGCGACCAUAGAAAACUGUAUGCAUUUAAUUCCAAUGCUUGUUCAAGCUCUUACGGAUAAUGCUUCACCAUUGCUUCAGCUACCGCAUAUCACUCAAACUCAGCUUAGACAUAUCGCUGCCAAACAACGUAAUAUCAAAUCAAUUCGACAAUUGAUCAAUUUACCAGAUGAUAAACGUAGAACACUUUUACGAAGUCUUUCUGAUGAACAGUAUCGUGAUAUUAUAAUAGUUAGUUCUUCUAUGCCCUCUUUAGAAUUGUCAUAUCGAUGUGAAGUAAUAGAUGAUGAUGAUGAUUCAAGUAUUUGGCCAUUUAGUAUGGUUACAGUUACUGUUCUUUUAAAACGUACACCGUUAUUAGAUCCCAGUGUAAUCAGUAGUGCUACAAAUGUUAAUGGACAUAAUACUAUUACUACUACUACUACUACUACUACUGCCAAUACUACUAAUACUAAUACUACCACCACGACCACGUCUCUCGCUACUGCUGCAUUAUCGAAUUCAAGUUAUUUCGAUCGUGGUCAAACUGCGCAACCUGAUCAGAAUACGUACAAUGAUAAUAAUUCAUUGAAUUCUAAGCUUUAUCCGAUCGCCGAUAUACAUGAUACAGAGAUAUUGAAAUCGUUGAAUUAUGAUGAUUUUCUUAGUGGUAGUGUUGAUAAUGAUAAGAGCUUUGACAUUACUGGAAGUUCAAUUAAGUCAUCAAAGAAAAACGCUCCACCUGUUUGGGAUAAGAGUAAACGGAAAAAAGGUGUACGCAAAAAUAAAUCACGUAAACAACAACAACAGGAUAAUUCAAAGCGUCAACAACGAAACUCCUUAUUGGAAUCAGAAAAAGUUACCCAACCAGAAAUUGUUCCUUCAGAUGAAAUUGAUUCAGAACAAGAAGAUAGUGAUUCGGUUGUUAGCACUGAUAAAAUAUCAGAGCGCAUUGGUUUUACCACUAUAUCAGAAUUGCCUAUGAAAGGAAAAGAUCAUUCCGGUCCGCUAAAUCCUGCUGAUAACGGACAAGAACCGACAAUAUCCAAAACAGAUUCUGUCGUAGAAUCAUCUUCACCAUCUUCAUUCAAGACAAAUAAAUCUUCUUCAAGUAGAACACUUAUGAAACCACACAAUAGAUUAUCUAGUAUGAUGGAUUCAAAGACACAUUGUACACAUGUUGUACAUUGUCCUUACUUCCCUGUGGAGAAAUUCGAAGGUUGGUGGAUAUAUCUAGCUGACAGAAAAACUAGACAGCUUAUCACAAAACCUAUUUACAUUGCCACAUUACAAACUGAAGAAGAGUUACAACUUAGAUUCGUGGCACCGCCUAUCCCUGGUCAAUAUUUGUACAUUCUCUCUGUUCGUUCGGAUAGUUACAUGGAUUGUGAUUUCACCGAAUAUAUUCGUUUCACCGUUCGUCCACUUCCUGAAAGAAUUGUACAAAUUCUUAAAGAACAAGAAGAAGCUGCAUCAGAUGAUGAUUGUGAUAGUAGUGAAAUAUCAAGUACUGAUACUGAAAAUGAUAAUGAAAUAGAGGCAGAAGGAGAGGAAGAGGCGGGAAAUGAUUUUGUAUUAGACAAUGAAGAGGAUCCAGAUAUCGAAGUGUUAUCACCAGAAGAAUGUACUCAAGCAAAUAUAGGUAUUGUUGAACAAUCAAAAAACUGUGAUAAAGAAAUGUUUUCAAACAGCUGA